AUCGUAUUUAACCGCCCUCCAAUCCGCAAUUGACCUGCGGAACCUCAUGGCGAAGAAGCGCGUAGGGGAGGCCGCGCCUGCGCCGGCCCCAGGCGACACUGACGCUGCUACUGGAGGUCGUCCACAGGCUGCUAAUGUACCUGCUCCGCACUUGCCACCCGCCGUAGUCGUGGCCAUGCUGAGCAAGGCUGAGCAGAGCCGCGUCGAGUAUCGUGGUGGCAAGGGUGAGCUGCUGGGCUUGGGCGAGAUCUACCUGAAUGACCUAUCGGAUAUCUUCGUGUUCGAGGUGACGAACCAGAAGCCGCGCAAGCUCAAGCUUCAGCUGCGUGCGGAGCUGCGCAAGCCUUUCCAGAGCAGCCAAUGGAGCUUUCAACUCGAGAACGAGAAUGUUAGCAUCAUGCAACGCGAGCUACAGCAGGAGAAGGACCGCGCUGUAGCCUCUGAUGAGUUCAACCACGUACCGUUCUCAGUGCUACGCUCGUCGUCCAAGGCCGCUCUUUGUGCCGAGAACGUUUAUUUGUGUGAGGGCUACAACGAGCUUUUCAACCACAUUGGAAAAGUGGACGAGAUUGUCCUGGGGCCCAAGGAGACCAAGAGAAUCAUGUUCUCCAUGUGUACCAACCUGACGCCGCAGCAUAAUGCAUCUGGAAGCUCAACGUACGUUGCGGCCGGGGAUUCGUCGGAGGAAGAGCGCGCGCAUCUUAGUGAAACAUCGUGCUUCGUGCUAUCAGGGCGACUAAUCCUACAGCCGUCAUUCAUUGACGGCAGUGUUACGAGUAGAUUGCCAAUUCCAGAGAUGCUGGUGCCGCUACAAGCUCAAGUGUGCCGCUCACUGCUACGACUGGAUGUCAAGGAGCUGCAUUUUGAUGAUUGUGUGCCAGGAGGGUCGUUCGUCAAGGAUUUCACGGUGUGGAACCGCUCGGAGAUCCCGUUAUUGUUCAAACUCGUGUCACCGAUGACGCCGUGGAAUGAGAACAGCGAACUGCUUGUGUGUACGGACUACAACUCUGGAUACGUUAUUGGCGACAAAACCCUUCAAGCUGCUGCCUAUGGACAUGUGCGGAUUCGCGUCACAUAUCGCCCUACAGAUGUAAGUGUGCUUUAGAAGGGGACAGUGGCUAAUCCACAUUGGUAUUUACCGCAUGCUGUGGCUACCUGCUUGCGUGGCGUACAGAUUGGAGAGCGCUUUUUCGAGAUUCAGGCGCACAAUCUGCAUGACUCCAGAAACGUCAAGACUCUCAGGAUCCAUGCCAUUACGAAUCAAGAGCAUCACAGGUAAGCUGAGGCGUUUGGGUCAACUACCGUUGUCUAUUCACGCAUAACAUUCGUGUCACUUGUGCAAUUAGAGAGGGACUGUCGAUUAAAGAGACGGAUGGUUCUUAUCUGAGGAGCGGAAGCCGACUUGAUUUUGGAGAUUGUUACACUGGAAUUGCUAGUUCUAAAGUCAUUUUGAUGAGGAAUAUGACGGAGGUGGCCUUGCAUGUGGAGCUGACUAGCGACCGACCCAAGGAAGUCACGUUCGAGCUCAAGCUACAGCAGAACCGGUCGCGUGUUUCAAGAGCCCCACGUACCGAAGAGCUCCUUUCUCCCACUAAUUCCAACGACGGGGCGAGUUUGAAGGGAUCGUUAUCCCCUGACAGAGCGAAGUCAUCGAUGCCCUUCUCAAACAUGGACACCUUCGCACUGGACAGUGAUGAGGAGGCCGAUGACAACGAGGUUAGUGCGCUUGGCUGUUGGCAUGUUUCAACAGCUUAAUGAAAUGUGGGCAUACUUACUGUUGUGACAGGGGGACUUCUACGAGGAAGAAUUUCAGCAAACAAAGCGAAACUCUUUUGAGGAGAAUCCCAUGGGCGAUGGUGACGAUUUAGAUGACGACUUUGAGUUUGAUAGGGAGCCUCGUACACUGCCUGAAAGUCCUCUUGGAAGUCCAAAGAUGCGGGGAUCAAGAGGAAGCGCAGACUUGCGAAAGAAAACCUUUCGGACUAAAGGAAAAAAGUCCUCCAAGGUUUCGUCUCGAGUGAGAGGUCUCGCUUACGACAGUGGUGUGGACAGUCCGCGGUCUUCCCCCGAACGAACUCUUCGAACCGACACGCGAAAGCGUCAGACCGUCCCUGUUGAUGACAACAGCGCGUCCAAUUUCCUCGUUGAAACCAUUGAUUUGCCUCCUGGUGUUGAGCGAACCAUUUUAAUAUGGUACACGCCGGUACCCAGCACCAACUUGGAAGGAUUGUAUAACGAGAACUCAGAUGCUGUGGAUCUCAAGGCUGCUCGUCUGACAAAGCAAACCUUUCGGAUGUCGUUCCGAUGCUUUUUGAUGCAAGGCGCGUGGCAACAAGUUCAGUCACGAGUGUAUGACCGCACUCUGGGAAAAUCGAUUCACAUUCGUGCUCGCACGUGCACCUCAAUGGUAACGGUGUCGCCUUCCAUAUUGCACCUGGGAGAUUGUAACAUUGGAGAGCUGAAGAGCAGUUCAUGUAUGCUAACUAAUCAUUCCGAGUUGCCGACGGUUGUAAAACCAUUGGUCACAUCCAAAGUGAUUUCGACGGUGCCCAAUGACGACAUGAUGCUUGGUCCAAAACAGUCCACCGAGCUCAAGAUUGAAAUUAUUCCGCGCAAGACGAAUCCCAACUACUCUCGACUCAUCUCCAUUAUCAACAUGAAGAACAAGAGCAACAUUCCGCAGAUUUGCGUCCGUUCCAGCAAUAUGGAUGCUCAUCACGUGAUCUACCACUCGUUGUUUUACAAGCUACUGACCCAGUCAAGGUCCGCGUUCCUGAAUUUUGAGCACGUGGCAAUCAAUUCGGUCGGAAUUCAAGUGUUUGAUUUGGAGAAUAUCACGAAUGCCCCGCUUCACUUGAACAUACAAAGCUCUGCUCCAUCGAAAGUACGCUUGUAUUGCAUCAAGCAAACAUUCGGCGAUGUGUCAAAACCAUCGAAAGCUUUGGAUAAAGACGGGGACUAUGAAGAAGUGGGUGAAGCUCGUCGAUCAUCGUCUUCUAAAUCUACGACCUCGCAGGGUAGUGUCGGAAGUGGCACUCCUAGUAAUGCUUCCACGCAAAUAAGCCAGUCAGCUGCGGGACGGCCUCUCCGCAGACGCAGAUCGUUUGGCAGCGUGUCGGAGCUAAUGGAGGGGAAAGCGACCGUGAAACGAGGGAAAUCGACGGCACUUCGAGAGCUUUUGACGAAAAAACUGACGGCGAUUUCAACUGGCCAUUCAUCAACGGCGUCACCAGGCGCAAGUAGCAUACCCAGGUCGGUUUCUACUCAGCAUUUUGAGACUGACAGAGGUCGCCAAGAGCAGCACAGUGCUGGUGCUUCAGAAAGCAGAGGAAAUCCAUCGCAUGCGACGGUAGACGAGAGAAGGAAUCCUGAGGGUUCCUUAUAUGGUUCAUUAUUGCCACAUGCGACCUCGUAUGCGGAUGGGAGUUCUUCGGAAGAGGUUGCAUCUCUGUUGGAGCUUUUCUCGAAGUCUCGUUCAGAAUGUGAUGCAUACAGCCACAGCUCUCUCCCUUCCAAGGAAAAAGAAGAAGAGAUCGUAGCGAUGGUUCGAGAACGCACGAAGCGCCUACAGACUCUUUUCGCCGAGAAAAAGUUAGUGUUGCUGAGCUCCAACAAAGAACGCAACGUGCGCAUUCCGGCGAAAUCGCGUCAACGUAUUGUCGCUGUAUUUAGCCCGGUGGCUUCCCAGACAGCAGUCCCCAAGGAUAUCGCGAAGACACGAGUAGAAAAGCAUAAAAUCAUGAUUACACUUCCACCUGGUGGGAACAAGAAAGCCGUCACGGAUGGAGGGAAGCUUGACAAACCAGUAUGGGCUGCGUCAAAGCAUCCGUUUGAUACUCGCUCUUCAGUCAGAGAGUUGCUGCUCAAGAGUCGAGUAUGCCGCUCUAUCAUGAAUGUGAACCAGAAGAACAUCAAUUUCGGGCGCAUCACUACGUCUUCGAAGAGCUCGAAACGACUAGUUGUCCAAAACAUGUCUGCCACCCCGUUAGUGUACAGUGUGGAGAAAACUGGCUCAAUCUCUUCAGGUUUCUUACAGAUCAAGGAAGGCGAAGUUGGAGUGGUGAAGGCGUUCGGCACAAAAGAGAUUUGCUUUCAAUUUCAGCCAACUCUGGCUGGUCCCUUUGAAGAAAAGCUGAAGAUUAUCAACGUUCAAGAUCCUGAGAAUUCCGUCUCAGUCACUAUCAAGGCGAAGGUAGUCAAACGCGAAACGUUCAAACUUCUACAGUCAGGUCAAACAAUUUCGCUCGGAAAGUGUCUUGUAGGUGAGAAGACGGACGAUGUGAAGAUCGUUGUCCGGAACACUAGCCGCAAAAAGCGCGAAUACGUGAUCCAGCUGGAUCCAAGUUUCACGGUUCCUACGUUGCGGCCAACGUUUUAUUUCUCAGUCGAUGAAUCACCAGCUACGGUUAUUACUCAAGCGCAGGAGAAGAAGUUGGACGAGGAGUUGGAGAAAUUGGAGCACAAGUUGCGAAUCGCGAUUACGAAAAAGAAGACGGACAAGAUUGUCAAAUUGAACGCCAAAAUUUCGCAGGUUAAGGCAUUGUUAUCAGGUGAACAACUUCCAAAAGAAGUACCAGGGACUCCAGCAGAUAGUGACGCAGAAGUGACAGGCAGAUCUGGAGAAAGCAGCGAGGUGGGAGAGUUUGAUCCGUAUGAUAGUGCCAAUAGCGACUCGGAAAUGUCCGAGUCAGAAUCCAGCUCGCAUUCACGACGGCGACGAUCAAGGCUUUCCGACAAACCCAUCAUCGAUGCGAAAAGCGGGCAGGUGUCGUCCAGCACCAAUACUUUGCACUUCUCGCUUGGAGCUGAGGCAACCGGGCGAGUUGUGGCUUAUGCGAUAUUUUGCCCUCUGAGGUCUGGUGAUACCUCGCCACGAGAAGACGGUGAUAAGGGCGGAGCUCGCCAAACCCAGAAGAUGAAAAAGCGUCUACUGCGUCGGGAUGCUACUCCUGUAGUAGGGGUUGGAAAGUUUCUCCUGUUUGAGCAGCAAAAUAAGGAUGUGGUCAAGGAGCUUCAGUACAAUGCAGAAAUCUUCUCGCGGACUCCUGCUGGGGAAAGCGCAUUCUGCCGUGCCGUCGGCCGAAAGCCUCCGUCUGUGCUUCCUCCGCACCCGAAUACUAGUGUAAUGCCUCCUAUAGUGGCCGACAAUUCGAUGGAGAGUCGUGCAAGGAAACCACAUGAACGUAGUGGGGGCUCCAUAUCACGUUACGAUGACGUUAUACCGUCACUAGCUGGGCCACCUGGUGGUGACUCUACCAUAGUGGAGCGACGUCGCAAUCUGACUAUUAAAAUCCCUGAUUCUGGCAAGACACCUCGAAACCUGAAUUUGGAUAUUGCCCCUGAUCAGCUGGGUGUGUCCCCAACGAGCUCAAACCUGCUGGUGUCCGCGGAAGAAUCUCCAGCUGAUACCCGUGGUUGGAAAGUGACUCUGUCGCUUGGAUCUCCUUCAUACAAGGGCUCGGGGAUUGUGGAGGUGGUAUGGAAUCCAGCGGGCACGUUUCGAAAUGUGCUGGCUCUGACGUGUGAGGUUGUUCCUCACGAAUUCUUGAUAGCUGGUGAGAUGACAACUUCUGGGGCCACAGAGAGCGCUGAUCUGCGAGCUAUGCUUCCGCUAAAAUUGAAUAUCCCUCCCGAUCGCACAGUAAACUUAAACUUUAAGUGGUGUUUUACAAGUGAUGCGGGCUUCGCAUCGUCGACACCUCUGGCGUCUUGUGUGAGCCGAUCGAUUUUGGAGAGCGUAUCUGAAGCCGCGGAACUGAAUGCUGGACAGAUUGAUUUUUUCUACUACCCAAGCAACUUGUCGUCAGGGGAGAAUAUCGAUGUGACUACGCGGACUCCGGCGUCGUCCGUGGGCGUCGCUAUGGUUAAGGCUGUUCAGCGGUCACUGUGUUUUGAGAAGGACACACUUAACUUGGGUGAACACCAGCAAGGUGAGGAUGUGAGGGGCGAGGUUGUUAUUCACAACAGGUCGCAUCAAGCUCUCCAGUUCCUUUUGCUGGCUGGGUCUCGUGAUCAAGGUAGCGUGAGCGCAUCGUCAACCGUUUCUCCUUUGCUCGUUGGUGGCGAUAUGACAUUUGAAAGCGCAACUGGAACUGUGGAGGCGAGGUCCUCCGUGAAAGCUGCAUUUGUUUACAAGGGCAGCGUGCCUGGACAGCACACUGAGCAAAUUGUCUUGCGAAAUCUCAGUGGAGAUCGACUCGACACGUCCGUGUUGGCGAUGUCGGUUCGCAUUACACGACCGGUGUAUGUUCGGAUACCUGAAUUGGACACGCAAUCGACAGGCCAGCUGGAAGUUCUUAAUCUGGGUCCAUGCUACGUUACACCGGAAAUGCAAGACACGGCUGUGGACAGUCCCAAUGUCUCGCUCAGAUUCAGCAAAGUGCACAAAAUUACGCUGCAGAGUCAGGUGGAAGACACUUUGGUUAUUUGUGCUUCGUCGAAUCUGAAGACGCAGUGCUACGUCUAUGAAGACGCACGCCUGCAUCGUGAAGCGACGCAUGUUACGAUGAAAGGAAACCAAUCCAUUGAUCUGUACGUGGCAAUUCGUCCGCGAUUAUCGUCAGAUGCAAUCAAAACAGGAUCGACACGAGAUCUCGUUGGUGGUAUUCGCGUUCAGCUGUUUGGACUACAAACUAUCCAGGACUCAGUAGAAGACGAGAAAAGUGAGAUGUUGGCUGAGUUUACUGUUAAGUUUGUCGGUGUAGCCGGUGCCAGUAUUGCUCGAGUGACGCCGUCAUUGAUCGACUUUGGUGUGGAAUACAACAGCGGACGAACGCAAACGUGCCAAACGCACGAAGGUCGCUUUGAAUUGGUCAACAUGAGCAAGGCCUUACCGUUGAGAUACCGCCUUUUCGUGACAAGUGCUACGGAGGGUUACUCGGAUGAUGAUGAUGCACUUCACAUUUCGCUGAAGCACGAAAAGGGUGAGAUUCCUGCCGGUGAGAUCGGAAUUAUUGAGUUUCGAAUGAUGGCGUACACGAAUGGUCUAUUUCGACGUCGUAUCAUGGUGGAAAACAUCCAUUACCCGGGAAAAGUUAGCUUCGUUGAUGUCGUUCUCUUUGUGGAUAACGGCGCAUUGCGAUGCGAAAUUCCGAGUGCAAUUACUGAGAAUCGAAGCCAAGAACUGGGAGUCGAUGUAUUUUCUUACGGGGCAACUCAAGAACCGUCUUUGCUACAAACUGUUGAUUUCGGGCUUGUCAACGUGAUUAAGCUUGAGGAUGAGUUAACGGAUAGCAUGUCUUCAUCCGGAGGCGAAAGCGAACCCACAAGUCGUAAAUAUCGGAUUUAUGGCGAGAACGAUAAUGGAUCUUUCUUUGAAGUGAAGCAUGGAACGGCAGGGCAGCAAUCAGAAAAAAUGCAACCUAAUUCGAAGACCCUCAUGCUCACGAACACUACUGAUCAAGCUAUGGUGGUGCGUCCCUUGAGUACUCUUCCCUUGACGUUCGAAUGGAAACGUGAACACGGAGGAGAGAUUGCCACGGCAAUUACAGAGCAAGACGAGUUGAUGGCACGAUCCACCUCGACCGACAGUGCUAGAAGGCUCCACACUCAACCACCUGGGAUAACACCGCGGAGUCAUCAGUCAUCUAUUUUCUACGGUGAGUCGUAUUCGUUGGAGGCAAAAAGUUCGUGCUCGCUAUCGUUUCGCUUUGCAGCCAUUGCUGCGACUGUGCCGUUACCUGUUGAUACGAUCGAGAGUGGAAAGUUGUGUCCACUACGGGGAAUGGUUGGUAUCCAGAGUUUUGAGAGUGGCAAUGGUUCGGAUGCCGAAGAGGCUUGCACGCUGAAAGUUGUAAACAUCUCGGGAUGUUACGGUGAACCGCGAUUUCAGAUUGCUGAAAAAUGCUUUUCUUUGGGAAAGAUUGGUUAUGGCAUCGGCUGGAAAUCAUCAACGUUCCAGAUUUGUGUAAGGAACGUAUCUGACGUGGCAGUAUCCUUUGUCAUCGCCAAUUUACCAGCUUGCAUCCAUGUGCUCAACGUUCGUGACGGCAACCGUAUCCAGUUUAACGAUGGCGUAAAUCCCGAGUCGGGGCUUCGUGUUCCUUCACUCCGAAUGCUGGCGCUACAUGCUGAUAAGUCCUUGAAAAAUGUGGAGGCUCCUCACUGGAGCGCUUGGAAAGUACAGCCUAGGGCAUCGUGUAUACUUGAGAUGGAGCUGGUGCGGACGACAGAGUUUUUGGCAGCAGGCGCGCACGAGUUUCCACUUCGCUUUUUUAACUUGUGCAACCCUCACAACCACGAGGAUGUGCUAGUUCGAGCGGAGAUUAUUUCAAGUUACGCAGAACUGGCGGUAGAUCCUGAAAGCUCAGACCAUGGGGUGGAAGCAGCAGAGCCAAAAAACCAUCACGUUGCUUUUCUUCCUCCGGUCACUGUACCGACGCCGCAGGAAGCGCCUCCCCACCGUGCCAGUUUCUGGUUCUCGCUUCGAAAUGUGUACGACGAAGAAUUGAAUGUCAAGAUUUCCUCGCAAACACACAGCGCUUUCGAGCGAACCUUUGAGCUGCUACUUAUGCUGCGUUCAGCCAAUACGCCGUUGAGUUCGCUCGUCAUAGCACCUGGUGAAUCGGUGGAUAUUCGUGUCGUGUGUCAUGUCCUUCCUUCUGCUCGCCUUCCGGCUGACACGUGGUCGACUGGGAGCAGUGGAGCUACAUCGGAAAUUCUUGAUUUGGGACGAGUUUGGCUUGACAUCAGUAUCCAAAAUAUGAAAGAUGCUGCACAACGUGAAGACAUUCACGUGAAAGGAAAGCUGUUGCCAGGCAAAACAUUCUUGCUGUCGGCGUCCAGCCUUCACUUUUUCGCCACAGCGACAGAGAUCCCCGCAGAUAUUCCGCUUGACCAACUACCGCCAUCAUUAAAGUCGAAAACUGGGGCUAGCAGAGACUCGUCCCCGGUCACGCUACCUGGAGCUGCCUCUGUUGUGCAUCAGCUACGGAACUCCUCUGAAUGUUUUUGGGUGAGGAAUCCGUCAACCGUGGAGGUUCUGAAUUUCGUUAUCAACCCAGUCUCGAUGUACCAACCCGGGUUGUGUCUCGUUGAGGGUUCGACAGAGUCGGACAUGUGCGCUAUGAGUGAAUGGAUCCAAGCGAUAGCAGUUCCUUCGUCAGGUAUAAUUGCUCCUGGUGAGUCGGUGAAGGUCACUGUGCAUCUCGAGGAAGCGUCAGCUCCUUCCCUAAGUGCGACUCCAUUCCGUGAAGGUAGUGAUAUCAGGUCAACGCCGAAAUUAGCAGCACUGCACAAGAUGCGCCACCACCCAAGCUGGCGAAGCAACUCAUGGGAUGCGGAUGGACCAGAAACAACUACAGAAGAGAGUGGGCAGAACCACAUGUUCCUAACUGUGCGAGAUGCAGACUCCAGCCUGGACGCCGGAGUAUCAACCGAAAUUGAUGUUUUGUUAGUUUUGCAGCAGCAAAGCUCAGCAGGUGACGCUGCGAAACAAGGGAGUGUGGUCCUGGACAAAACACUAAUUACUGCAGCUUUUGAGGCCCGUAAUAAGCGACUGGCGCAGUCCCGGAAGCUGUACCCCGGGCCCACAUUAGAGACGCACUUGGAGGACGAGCUUUUCGAGCAGACGGAAUCAUCUGGACUAGAUAAUUUCGAAGAGUUUGACAUCUCAUCGAUCCGUUCAGGCGCUGUGGGACGUAAAAAUCAUCUUCCCGUCUUGACGAUUCGUGGCUGCACACCGGCAGAGUAUUCGUCACUAGAAAAUACGCGUUAUUUGAUCGAUGUGGGGCAGCAUACCGUUCGUAAUGGUGGAGAAGUGGAGUGGGAGAUUACGAUCGAAAGCCUCUACAGUGCCGCUAGUGCUGCGGAUCCAGGACUUGAUUCCGUCGAGUAUCGUCUAACACUUGUCGACAAGAAUGCUCGGUCGUGGUUGCAGCUUAGCCGUGAACGAGGUACACUAGAUCGAGCGCAUAGUUAUCAGAGUGUGGUUCUCUACUUCCUUCGGGGAGUAGUGGGAGUGUACUCGACAUUCAUGGUGCUACAAAACCUAGCGAACCCGUCCGAUCUGAAGGUGAUACACGUCAGAUUGGAAGUCAUCGCGGACCUGAACUCGUUACGUGGAAUGUCGUCCGGAUUAGAUUCUGCGACGAACUUGUUCCGCGUGCUUGUAUCGAAUCAUGGCAGCCCCAAGCGUUCACGCCGCUCUAGUAUCGAGAUGCCUCCAGAAAUCUCUGCCGGCGGUGCUCAGCGACUGAUGAUCGAUUUCAGUGAGGUGUACUACUACAAGCUGUACCAAAACCACUCGAUCGUGAUCGAAAACUCGUCUGGGUUGAGCCUCGAUUUCAUUCUGUCGACUAACGCACGGCCACAAGAGGUCAGCUUUUCGGUCUCACCGAUGUCAUUCAAUGAGGUCACCACGGUCACGUUAGGUGCCCAUGCAAGCAUGCAAGUGUUUUUGCAUUUCCGCCCCCAGCCGAGGCAAUUGAUUCUUCCCUCGGCAGCGAACGAAGUCGUGUCGGACGUCGAGGUGAAUGAACCGUGGGUGCGUGAGAUCGAAGUCUACGUGAGCUGUCGUUUGGUGAAAGACUUCAGGGAAACAGUCAUUAUCCGCGCCAUCUGCAGCCAGCCUCAACUUAUGGUUAAUGUUGCCAAUGGUGAAACCAACCAGUCUCCUUUGCAGAGAGAAACGUAUUUCUCGGCCCAGCCCACGUUCCUUGGCUUAGUGUUUCCGAUGCUGGAAUCAACGCUCUCAAGCCCUGAGCUGUCUACGAAAGCUGCCGAUGAAACCCAGAAGUAUCUUGUUGUACGCAACACCAAGAGUGAUUCGUAUGCGCGGCUUGCAUUGAGGAACGACAGCAUGUUUUUCAGCUUGGCGAUUGACGAUACCUUGACUCAGCCAGGUGCUGCCACGGUUGACUUGCUUGACCAUGGGGUGUGUGCUGGUCGAAGAUCCACGCUACUAGUGACUAUCCAGCCGCAGAGUGUUGCAGUUUUCCGAGUGAAACCGGACGUCGCGGCGCUGUGGAAGCAUCACCAGCUUUGGGAUCAUAGCGUGAAGGAGCACGUGACACUGUACAACAUCAAACAGUUCGCAGAGCACUAUCAAGUGACGCUCUGCUUCACCUGCAGUAACGUCGCGAGCUUCUACAUCCCACCAAAUAUUAGUGAGAGCUACCCCAUUUCGGCACUUGAGGAUAUCGUUGCGAAGUUUCUUCAGAAUUACCAGUACACGUGGAAAUGGUUGAUAUCGUACCACGAGAAGACAUUAGUAUCAGCAAAGCACUCAGUUGGUCAGUCAUCCUCGGCACCAAAGCUGACGGAAAUUUUGAAUGAUCUCGAGAAUGCGCUGGAUUUGGCGUCGCCUCUGAGCCCUCGAAAUCUCACCCACGCAGCUAUGCAGACCUUCGACGAAGAGGAGAAUGUUCAAACAACAUCCAACAGGGACGAUCUCUAUCAGCUGGUGCAGUCGUAUCGGGCGUUGUACUUCGACUUCUACUACAUCACGGACGAGCUGGUAUGGUACGGCGUGCGCGGGAAUGCAGUGCGGCACAGCCUGGCACUAGCCGACUUGGCCUAUGGUGUCGUGUUCAACCACGAGGUCUUCCGGUCAUUCGUCAGCGAUGCAAGAAGCGAUAGUGACGUUGUUGCCUUCCCACGUUUGCUGCUUCCGUGGAUUCGACAGCUCGGACACUUCCUGAGCUUCUUCCCGGAGAAUCAAGAGGCAACACAACCGCUUCGACAGGUGUACGACCAGCUUCGGAAAUUCGAGGCUAGCUAGAUAAUACGCAAAAGCCCCCUGCAGCAAGAAUAAGCUAUAACAUGUGAUUGUCGAUGAGUUGCGCUUUCAUGUAAAAAAAACGUUGAGAGCCAAAUACAUUCAAAGGUGCCACGACGAGCUGAACACGUGGAGUCCAAAUUCUUCGCAGUUCCAAACGCGGGGCUCUAACGGGAUGGGUUGUGUCCGGCGGAUUGUUAGCACUCCAUCCCGUUUCGUCAUAAUGUAUUCGCGACAAUCAAAAGAUUCUGUUGAUAUUCGAACAGUUCUACUUUGAAAGCCUAUCCCACCGCUCGGCAGUACUUAC